GUUCUAAAAAACUUAACUGUGAUUGGAAAGCUAAUCUGUCGUUUGCAACUGGUGUGGUUCGAAUUACUAGUUUUAAUGAUAACCAUGUUAAGCAUCAACUUUCACCAGAUACCAAAAUUUUUGCUCCUGUAAAUCGUCAAUUCUCUGAUGAUUGUUGCGAAGAAAUUCGCCAUUUAACAGUAAAUAAACAUAAUGUGGAAGGAAGUGAAGCAUCACAGCUUUUAAAACAACUUUAUGAAUAUAGAGAAAAGGAUCCUAAUUGGUAUAUUGAACCCUUAGUUGACUCUAUUAGUAAUCGUCUCCGUGGAAUUUUUUGGAUGGACCCGGCUACUGGAAUUUUGCCAAGAAUUUUAAUGACGGAUGAAGAUCUUUCCAUGAAAUAUGUUGUAGCUCAUGAUCUUCCGAAUACCAAACAUUUAUUUUGUUUGUAUCAUUUAAGUCAAAAUCUUUUAAAAAAUCUUCGAUGUAAGCUUGGUAUGCAGUAUACAGAUUUUAUUAAAGAUUUUUAUUUGGCGCGUAAUAGUUUAAGUGAAAGUGUAUUUGAGGCUAGAUUUACAAAUCUUUUGAAUAAUUAUCCGGCUGCAUCUUCGUAUCUACAAAAGCUAUUUUUAAGUAAAGAAUCGUGGGCAUGUGCUUAUACAUUUAAAAUUUUUACUGGUGGAAUGCAAUCGACACAGAGAGUUGAAGGACUUAAUAAUCAUAUCAAAACUGCUAUAAAUAGUUUAUCAACUUUAUUACAAGUAAUGGAAGCAAUAUACCAACGCAUUGAGCAUGAAAGCCUUAGUCAACGUUUUAAUUCGUGGUCUCAGGACCGAAUUAAUUAUAAUGAUAAUCUUGUUUUACAGACUGUUUUUCCACAAGUCGUUCAACAAAUAAAUAAGUAUUUAACACCAAAUUUAGCAACUGAGCAACAAAAGCAGAUAGUUCAAUCAACUAUCUACCGGGCUCAAAUAUUAAAC